UCGCUUUUUAAACACAACUCCAUGCUUAAAUUCACUCUAGCCUUAUACAGUUAUUACCAUACGCUCUCCUGUCUGAAAUAACUGAAAAUGGCUUCCACCGCCUCCGUCUCCACCGCCAUGGUCAGCACCUCCUUCGUCCGCAGUCACCCGGUGGCGAGCCUAAGCUCCCUCCCGAGCUUCAGGCAGGCUCUUUUCGGGCUAAAACCCCAGGUACGAGGCCGCCUUACAAUGAUGGCAACAUACAAAGUAACGCUGAUCACUCCCGAUGGAACAAAAGAGAUCGAGUGCCCAGAUGACGAGUACGUUUUGGACGUAGCGGAGGAGAAGGGCAUAGAUCUUCCAUACUCAUGCAGGGCUGGUUCUUGCUCUUCAUGCGCUGGGAAGAUCACUAAAGGUACUGUGGAUCAGUCUGACAACAGCUUCCUUGACGAUGACCAGUUAGAUGCUGGCUAUGUUCUCACUUGCGUUGCUUACCCGACGAGUGAUGUUACCAUUGAGACCCACAAGGAGGAAGAGGUCGUUGGUUAAAAAAGAACAUGAUUGAAACUGCAGGGUUUUAGUUUUUCUUCUCUUCUGUUUGUUACU